AUGUUCUCUGUGAAAGAAGAAUACAUGGAGCCAUUUUCAUCAUCAUUUCAAUUUGGAUAUGAAAACCAAGCAUUGAUUCUACCACCCAAACCAAUUGAAGGACUUCAUGAAACUAGACCCCAACCAUUCCUCACCAAAACAUUUGAUGUAGUGAAUGAUCAAAGUACCAAUCAUGUAGUUUCGUGGACCAGAGGUGGCACCAGCUUUGUGAUUUGGGAUCCACACGUCUUCUCUAAUGAUCUCCUUCCUAGAUACUUCAAACAUAGUAAUUUCUCAAGCUUUGUCAGACAACUUAACACUUACGGUUUUAGGAAAAUAGAUCCACAUAAAUGGGAGUUUGCAAAUGAAGGAUUUCUAAGAGGGCACAAACAUUUGUUGAGGAACAUACGGAGAAAGAAGGGACCUUCUCAGCCUGUUGACUGUUUUGGACUAGAUGCGGAAAUUGAUCGUUUAAGGCAAGAGAAACAGGUAUUGAUGAAGGAGGUUGUGAGUCUUAGACAGAAGCAAUAUAAGGCCACACUGUACCUUCUAGAGAUGGAGCAAAGGUUACAAGGGGUGGAAAUCUAUCAGAAACAAAUGAUGACGUUCUUAGAUAGAGCUAUGAAAAACCCUGCAAUAAUUCAGAAACUACUCCAACAAAAAGAGAAGAAAAAAGAGCUUGAAGAAACCGUGGCCAAAAAGAGAAGGCUAAUUGUAGGUGAAGAAAGACGAAGCAAUGUUAAAGUUGAGCCUUUAGAAUUAGGUGAUUGUGAAUUUUCUAUGUCGGAGUUGGAAUUGCUAGCUACGGAAAUGCAGGUUUUUGGAAGGGGGGAAAUGGACAAGGACAAUAAGCCUGAGGCACUAGAAUUACAAGAGAGGAUGAAAAGAGUACUUGAUGAUGAAGGGUUCUGGGAAGAACUAAUGUUUAAUGUGGAAUAUGAGGGAAGAUUUGACAUUCCAGCUGCUGAAGAUAAUGAUGAGAAUGAAGACAAUUCAAGUGAACUACUGAAUCGAGAAUUUAAGAUUAGCUCUUUUCCUUAA